GGGAAACAAGAAAACUAUUUCUUCUCGAUCAUUGCAGCAGUUGCAGAUUCAAGAAUUGUGUGGAUGCCUUGUAAGUUAUCUACUUAACACCCAGAUGUGAGUUUGUGAUAAAAAUCCCCAGAGGAGACGCAGAGCUGGAGGAAGAAGAGGAGGAAAUGGCAGCUUCUCAGGGACGGCUGACAUUCCAGGAUGUGGCCAUAGACUUCACUCAAGAGGAGUGGGAAUGCCUGGACCUCGGUCAGCGGGACUUGUACAGGGAUGUGAUGUUAGAGACCUACGGGAACCUGGCCUCCUUGGGUCUUGUGGUCUCAAAGCCGGACCUGGUCACCUUUCUGGAGCAAAUGAAGACUCCCUGGGAUGUAAGGAGAACGGACACAACAGCCACAUACCCAGGUAGGUGUGAAUGGAUGGAGCUGAUGACUCAGGUGAGAGGUCCAAGGAGCAGUGAGGAAGUCAGCCUUUGUCCUGUGGCUUGGGAAGACGUGCUCCAGUGGAAAUGAUUUUGGAGAACUCUGGGUUCAUUUCUGUUGCUGUCAUAGACGGACAUUGCCUGGCUCCUUCUGCCUCUCAAUCGUUCAUGAAUUCAGCUCCAUGAUUA